AAUAUUAAUGAAAUCAUCUUUUUGGAAAAUUAAGUUUAAAUGGCAACACUAGUGUUGUGAUUAGCCAUUCAGUAAUUGUUUUCGUUUAUUGUAUACAUUUCCCUCACGUGUUCAAUUUUAUUAAAUUUCCAUACAAAAACUAGCAUAAACAAAAUGACGGAGAUUGUUUUGCCGGGUGAUCGGAUUGCCGCUGCUGAAGAAUUAGCUAGAAGUAAAAAAGUAAUUUUAGGACCAGGGUUGCGUCGAGAGAAUGAGCAAGUAAUUGCUUAUAAACCGGGGAGACUUCAUCACAAAGCGCCCAACACCUACUGGGUAGAUAACCAUCAACAACGUUAUGUACCUGUAAAAGGCGAAGCUGUAAUAGGCGUAGUGACAGCUAAAGCGGGAGAUAUAUAUCGAGUAGAUAUUGGAGCACAUGAUCAAGCUUCUUUGUCAUAUCUGGCUUUUGAGUCGGCUACAAAGAAAAACCGUCCGGACGUAAAUCCUGGAGAUAUUCUUUAUGGAAGACUGAUUGUCGCCAGUCGCGAUUUAGAACCAGAAUUAGUAUGUGUUAAUUCGAGUGGAAAGAAAGGCAAAUUAGGUGUUCUUACGGAUGGUUUUGUCAUGAAUUGUAGUUUAAAUUUAGCGCGUUUGAUUCUACGUGAAAAUUGCCCAUUAUUACGAGAACUUACUAAAGAGAUGCCAUUUGAAAUCGCUGUUGGAUUAAAUGGUCGAAUCUGGAUUAAAGCGAAAAGUCAACGAGAGACAAUAGCACUUGGAAAUGCAAUAUUAGCAGCAGAAAACGCCUCUUACGAGGAAAUGCCGAAAAUUUGUGAGAACAUUGGAAAUAUAUUAUUUUCCUAAAAUUCAAAAUAAUUGGAUAAUAAUAAUUCUUACUCUUUAAA